CGCCCGGUCGCGCGGUCGUGCGCAUGAGCGGAGGGGCCCGCAGGGCGGAAGUGGACGCUGCUGCGGGAGGUGGGGCCCUCGCGCCUGAGAGGUGAGGGAGCGGCCGACAUGGCGCCCUCCAGGAGUCUCUUGGUUCCUCUCGUGGUCCUGGGGCUGCUUCUUUGGGAGACUCCUUGGGCCCACGGACGGCGGAGCGAUGUGCGCGUCCUCACGGACGAGAACUGGAGAGAGCUGCUGGAAGGAGAGUGGAUGGUAGAAUUUUAUGCUCCGUGGUGUCCUGCUUGUCAAAAUCUCCAACCAGAGUGGGAAGGUUUUGCUGAAUGGGGAGAAGAUCUUGAGGUUAAUGUUGCAAAAGUAGAUGUCACAGAGCAGACAGGACUGAGUGGACGAUUUAUCAUAACUGCCCUUCCUACAAUUUAUCAUUGUAAAGAUGGUGAAAUUAGGCGCUAUCAGGGUCCAAGGACUAAGAAUGACUUCAUAAACUUUGUAAGUGAAAAAGAGUGGAAGAGUAUUGAACCUGUUUCAUCAUGGUUUGGUCCAAGUUCUAUUCUGAUGAGUAGUAUGUCAGCACUCUUUCGGCUUUCUAUGUACAUCAGGAUUUGCUAUGACUAUUUUAUUGAAGACCUUGGACUACCAGUUUGGGGAUCAUACACAAUUUUUGCUUUAGCAACUUUGCUUUCAGGACUGUUGUUAGGACUUUGUAUGAUAUUUGUGGCAGAUUGUCUUUGUCCUUCAAAAAGGCGCAAACCACAGUCAUAUCCUUCAACAGAUAUAAUACAUCAACAAAACCACAUUAUCUGGUCUUUGUCUUUAAGAAAAGCCAUUACCAGAAUUUUCUCAACCUUUGAAAAAACUGGUGGAGGAACAAGAGGCUGAUGAAGAAGAUGUUUCAGAAGAGGAAGCAGAAAGUAAAGGAGCAAACUCAGAGUUCCCACAGAGUGCCAUAAGACAACGCCCUGUGGGUCCAUCAUUGACCACAGAUAAAUCCUAGUUAAUUUUUAUAAGUAUCUUAAUACUGAUUCUGACAAAGCAGAAAAUUGACCAUUUGUUUCGUUUUAAAGUGAACUAUGAUUUGUAUAUUGCAGAGUUCAGUCUAAUUGUCAUUGGAUUGAACGUUCUCAUACAGAAAAUAUAACCAAGUAUAAAAAUUCGAAAUAUAAUUUAAGAACUUGAGGUUUAAACAAUUGUUUAAUUUUAGAAAAUCUGGUGCCAAGCAAUAAGAUUUGUGUAUGUUUAGUAAUAACCUCUUUCAAGUCUGAGUUGAGAAAUUGUAUUUCCUAAGAUUUACAUUAAUGGGGGUAUUUAAGAAGAUUACUUAGAGAAAAAAUUUUCUCAUUUGAUGUAUUUUUUCUCCGUUUCACUGUGUGAAAAAACAUAUUUCCCAUAAAUGGGAACUUUGCCCCUUGUCUCAAAAAAUGUGUAUAUCGGUGAUAACUUUGGUCUUUUAGAGAUAUAGUCCAAAAUUUCUCACUUUUUAGAUUAUGCAGCGAGUGAAAACUGUCUUGCUUUAAUUGGGCAGUUUUCUUUUUUAACUUCGUGUACAGGAUAUGCUACUGAUUUGGGUUUUUAUAAGUCCUUGGUGUUCUCUUGAUUCCUAUAAAGGUUUAUGCCUGUUUUAUUCCUUUUCUCAGUUGUAUGGUUUCUUUUUUUUUGCCUUAGGUUACAUUUUUCAAGUUGGACACUAUGAACAGUAUCACUAUUUUAUUCACUGUUGGUAAAUGGUAGUUUUUGUUUAAAAUGGAAGUUUACUGAGAUUUAUCAAAUUGAGCUACUGAAAAUUGAAAAUUUUGGCCAGUCAGUCCAGAUACUACAUUAUGGUUGUUGAACCUUGUCUUGAGUUUUUCUGUGUGUGUGUGUGUGUGUGUGUGUGUGUGUGUGUGUGUGUGUGUGUGUGUGUGUUAUGUGGAGAGGACAUUCCAGAUUUUUAUUUAGUAUGGAAAAGCUUUGGUAUUUUGUAAUUUGGAAAUUCAAAGCUUAAUUUGAUAAAUAACGUUUGAAUUCUGCUCAGGAAAAAAAUCUGUAUGUUUUCAGUGUAUCUUUGUCAUCGUAUGCAAAAAGUUCUUAAUUGAAUUUACAGUUAGUGGGUGCGUCAUGUUUUAAAAUCAUAGCAUUGUUAAUGUUUUUUAAAAGACAAAGUUCAUAUUUUAUUGUUCUUGAUCGUUAAUGGAUAGUAUUUCCAAGGUGGAAAUCAGUAACAUGGACCAUGACAGCAAAGGGCAGGUGUGAUAGAGGACUAUAUAGCCACAAGAAAGAGAACUAUGAACACUCGAAGGAAUUAUCUAGCCACUGUAUAAUAGAUGAUUUCUGUAAUGUCUUCCCCCUUUGUUAGGUUCUCUUUGUGUGAAUCCAUUAGAUUUGCAUUAUUGUAAUGUACAGCAGUGUUUCUUUAAAGGCUUCUCCUUUAGUCUCUUAAACAUUCUACCAUUGGAGUUUGAAUGUGAAAUUUGUGAUGCCUUAGAAAACUACUUCAAGCACAAAAUAAACUUUUGGAAGUACUUCACUAGCACUGAAGACCAGUGUGAUUUCUAGUUGAAUAUUUGAAAGCCUAUACUUAAAUGCUUCAUAUUUAACAAUGUUUCAGAUGAGUAGUUGUAUGUUCCUAUGUUCUUUAUGUAUGUAAAUAAAAGGGUAGAAUUUUUAAAUUUUUUGUUGAGAUGAUUGAAGAAAUGCUCAUUCAAGCAUUUUUUUCUAAUGUUCUAGAAUGUUUGAUAUUGUCAAAUUUUUGCUCAGAAAAUACUGUGUUACAGAAAAUUAAAAGUAGGCUGAACAAGUAGUAUCUUGAUAUUUCCAUAAACAUGAUCUCACAGUUCUUGAAAAUUGUCACUGUAGACACCUGAAUAAUUAAUUUUCUGUGUGAUACCAGAGGCUUAAAGAAACUACAUGGGAUUGUUUACUAAUGGUUUGGGAAUGGAUAACAUGCACUGCCAGUAACAUCUUAGAGAAUUCUGAUCUACCCGCCCUCCGUAAUCAUUCAGCUCCACCACUGAAGUACUGUAAACUCUGGUCUCUAAUGGAAAAGGCACUGUUCUGCCAUAUAUUGCUUAAUGAUUACCAGCAAGACUGAAAGUCCUAAUGAAGAUUCCUACGUAUGUCAAAUAGCUAACUACCACUCAGAGAACCUGUUGGUUCUUAGCUGUGCUAAGUUGUUUUCCUGUAUUAAUUCAUUUAGUCCCAACAGCUGCCUUGUCAGAUAGGUAAGCAUCUUUCUGCUCAGAACUGUAGAAAAAGAUAGAAUUUGAAUCCAGUUCUGAUUCCAAAUAAUAUUGUCUUUUUUCUUCUGAGUAUUGAAAACUCAAUAAUGUCUAUUUUAGUCUUUAAAAUCUCACGUCUGUCAGACUAUAGCAACAAAUGCUGUUCAGAAAUACCAUAAUUAUUCAGAUUGGUAGUCUUGUAAUGUUGGUUACCACUAGAUGGUGUUUUUGUUUUGUUUUGUUUUGUUUUUGAUACUGGGGAUUGAUCUUGGGACCUUGCACUUGCAAGGCAUGUGGCGGCACCACUGAGCUAAAUCCCCAUCCCAGUAAAUUGUGUUUUAUUUAAGAGCAACUGUUUUCUCAACUUGAGUCCUUCAACUCAGUGGGUAAAAUGUGUAUCCCUGGACUUAAAUAUGCGAUAAUCAUUUUUGAAUGAGCCUUUUAACUCAUUUUAGGGCCAUAUAGGACAUUGGGCUCAAUUCCCACACUUUAUAAGGUAGAAUUCUUCCAAUAAGUUACUUCUGAUUUGGGUUUUUAUUAAAUGAUUGGGAUUGAAAUUUUUUUCAGUCUUUAUUUUUUAUUAGUACGUUUGUAGUACAUAAUACAUUCCUUGUGGGGGAGCUGGUACAUGUGUAUAACACAUCUCAAUUCUUUUUCAUCCCCUUUCCUCCCUACUCUGUCUUUUGAUCCUCUUUCAAUCUCCCUACUUUGUUUUAUUUUGCUCUUCAUUGAGGUUGAAAUUUAAGAGUAAUCUUAAUGAUUAUAUAAUUUUAAAGGUAACAUUUUAAAUUGAACAUCCUUGCAGAACUAGGUACAUUGAUAUUACAUUUCUAGCAACUUUUGUAUUUAUUUGAAAUUUAAUUGUAGAAGAGCAACAGAAAUUGAAGUUGAAAGUUUGGUAGUAUGUACGGUCAAAUUAUGUACUUGAGCAAUAUUUUAAAAUAUUUUAAAAAUUCAUUUAAAUGGUGAUAACAGUAUUUUGGCCAUUAAUGAAGUCAACUCGAAAUGUUGCUAGUGGCGGGAUUCAUUGGAGAAUAACAGUUCAGGUACUUGCAAGAUUCACUUUUCUGCUGCGUGGCAGUUCUUAAGUUUUGUCUGAACUUCAGAUGUCUCCCUACUUCUCCAGAAUGAACUGUAUAUUUCUUGAUUAGAAAAUUUAAAUGCUGUUGACUGAAUGCCUUACCCUCUGCCUCAAUUAAUAUUCCUAACACCUUUAAUAAAUGAGGUGUUUAUGAGUAUGUCCUGUCUGUUGGUUUAAGGCUUAGCUUAAAUUUGUUAAGACCUUUCUGACCUGCCGCCCCAUGACUAUGUGUUUAACCAUUCUCUGGCAGCUAAAUCAUGUUAUGUUUUGUGAUAGUUCUUUGGCAUUUAUUAUUCUGAUUAUUUGAGCUAGCAAAUUACCAUCUUUGGGUCUUGUUUGUGUGUAAAGUGAUUUCUGAGGUUUCAUUACUUUUAACAAAAUAAUCAUUGCAUUUGUAGUUUGUCUCUUAAAUUUGAUUCUGUCUCUAAAACCCAUUAGUCUGAAACUAAGAGUAGUGCCCUGGAAGAAACUUGGGGCAUUGAUUGUCAUCAAAGAAAUAAGUCACUAGACUGUAACUCAGUCUAAUGAAGUGGAGCAGGAAAAGAAAAGUCUGUCUUGCCCCACACUUAUGGUCAGCACCAUUGUGGCACAGUAUUAAUGUCCCAACCUUCACAGCAGAAGCCAAAUUUUUUUAAGUCAUCCUCUGUCUCCCUGCAUCCAUGUGCUUCAGGGGACGCAGACAUCAUUACCUUUGCUGAAUAGGGUUAAUCUAGUCCAGUGACUGACAUGGUCAACAGACUUCUUCAAACUGAGCUAGUGAGGUGUUGGGCACCUUUUGCAGUACUGGGAAUUGAACCCAGCGCCUUUGCACUGAGCUAUAUCCUCAGCCCCCCACCCACCCACUUUUCUGUUUUUGACACAGGGUCUUGCUAAGUUGCCCAAGAUGGGCUUGUACUUGUGAUCCUGCCUCAGCCUCCCAGACUGCUGGAUUACAGGUGUUUACUGUAAUAUAUCCAGCUUCUUUGGUGACUUCUUAAAAAUGAAGCUCAAAAAAGGCAGUUGUCUUCUGGAAUUUGGCAUUUUCUGGAUGUGACAGAAUUUUGUGAGCAUCCCACAGACUGAAGGCAGAGCUAAGAGAAUCUCAAAAAAGCCCUGGCAUAGUACACCCUACCUCUGCACAUCUUGAGAUUUUUCCAUACCACCUAACCAUUUUGAGUAAGGCUUUUUGGUUAUUUGAAACUAAAGUAUGAAUGUGAGUCUCCUCUCUGGACUUGGUCUUUACUUAGCUUAACCCAACUCGGUUCCCGUGUCCCAUCUGCGAGGACUCCAAACCAUGGUUUACUUUUCACUGUGGCAUUUAAGAUCAGGAGAAUUUUAUGUAUGUGGUUGAAACUGAUCCAUGGGCCAACCGAGGCAUACUGGGUAAGGAAAGGUUAAGUGAGUAUAGUUUUGGGGAGCUAUUUUUGAUUGCUUAUAAUUUAUUACACUAAGUUCUGUAAGCAUUAAGAGAUGAAAUCUUGGAAUCUAGCAGUAGUGUGUUGGAUUUUCAAGAGUAGCUGUUUAGUGUGAAAUGAGGCUUACCAGCCCAAGAGCCUUGAUUUUUAAAAAUUCUUUUCAUUUAUAUUUGGAUGUUUAUGAAAUACAUGUUCUAUGUACUGUUUUAGACAAUAACUUGAGUCUUCUGAGAAUAGGAGCAGUAUAAAUUAGGAAUUUUUUGUCAUUUCUCUUUGGGGAGAAGGAAGGAAAGGAUGAAGUACGGUUUGUAUUGACUGGAAUGGUUCUUAAUCUAAUGUUUAUGAAAGUGGAUUUCAUUUGAAUAAAUUUUUGAAGUGAUA